UUUGUUCUACCUCAGUAAAUAGCUCUUUCAGAUAUUUUAAAAUAAGCAUGAAGAAUAUUGAGAUGUCCAACUCCAUGGAAAAGAUAAACUCAGUGAAGACAAGAAAAGCAUGUGAUAUCACUGCACAAAUUGUUGAAAAUGCUAAUAAGAACGAAAAUGCCCAAACUAGAGUGACUUGGACUCGAAAGAUUGAGUUUACAUUGGCUGGAAUCGGCUAUUCAGUGGGUUUGGGCAAUGUCUGGAGAUUCCCCUUCUUGUGCUAUAGGAGUGGAGGAGGCGCAUUUUUGAUUCCCUUCUUCAUUAUGUUUGCGCUGCUCGGAAUCCCACUUCUCUAUUUGGAAAUAUCUAUUGGACAGUAUUUAAGAACUGGACCAGUUGAAUCUUUAGCCAAAAUCUGUCCCCUGCUCAAAGGUGUUGGUUUAGCAACAGUGGCCAUUUCCUUUGUUAUGAGCACAUAUUACAACCUUAUCAUCUGCUGGGCCAUGUAUUAUCUCAUCCACUCCUUUCAGAACCCACUGCCCUGGCACAGCUGCAACAAUACUUGGAAUAUUCAAGAGACCUGCACAGAUAGUAUUACCACCAACAACAUUACUGUUUCAGCAAGUCAGCAAUUCUUUGAUUACAAUGUUCUUCAGAAGACAAAUGGUCUGGAUGACCUUGGGAAUAUGCGCUGGGAGCUUUUUGGUCUUCUGAUUCUUGCAUGGGUGAUUGUUUAUUUCUGCAUAUUUAAAGGGGUAACAUGGACUGGAAAGGUGUGGGUUUAUGCUGCUGUCCAGGUCUUUAAUUCCAUUGGCAUUGGCUUUGGCUCAUUAAUUUCCAUGUCAAGUUACAACAAGCCUGACAACAAUAUUCUUAGAGAUACGUUGGCCAUCUCAUUAACUAAUGCAGCCACAAGUAUCUUUUCUGGAUUUGUCAUUUUCUCUGCGUUUGGCUACAUGUCCCAUAUGAUUAAUAUCCCUAUCGAUGAUAUUGCUGUAGAUGGCCCAGGAUUGGUGUUUGUGGUUUACCCAGAAGCCUUUGUUACGAUGCCAGUUUCUCCUCUGUGGGCAGUUCUGUUUUUCAUUAUGUUACUGUUUUUGGGGCUUGAUAGUGAGUUUGCAAUGGUUGAAGUGAUGGUGACAAGUCUAUUGGAUGCCAAUCAGGGUUGGCUACUGAAAUAUUUGAAAAGGAAAGAAUUUGUGGUGUUGGGUGUCUGUGUUGUAGCCUUUAUGUUAGGAAUUCCAAAUGUCACACAGGGUGGAAUAUAUGUUUUCCAGCUCCUAGACCACUAUACUGCUCAAGUAUCCAUUGUUUUCUUGGCUUUUUUUGAGAUUGUUGCUGUUUGCUGUAUUUACGGUCUCCCUCGAUUGUCACAGAACAUUGAGGAAAUGCUGGGAAAAAAGCCAAAUAUUUACUUGCGUGUGUGUUGGCUGCUGUCGCCUGUACUGAUACUUAUUAUUAUGGUGUUUGUUAUCAUUGACUUUGAGCCUGUGCGUUAUGGCACCUACCAGUACCCAGAGUGGGGUCAAGGUCUUGGUUGGGUCAUUGCUUUCGCUUCGCUCAUUUGGAUCCCUGUUGGAGUCAUCCAUACGUUACUCACAUUGAAAGGCUCAUUCCACGAGAGAUUCAUUAAGUCUACCACUCCUUUUGGUCUCGAUUAUGACAGCAAACAGACAGGAGUUGCAAGGACUGAGGCUUCACAGGUUAUCCCAAUGGCUGGCGGGUCACCUUCACAGCAAAAUGAAAUAUUGAAGAACACUUCCAUUUAACACACAACUCUGAAAGCACCAAAUCUUUGCUUAGCAAUCGUGAAACUUGAUUUGAAAUCCUUCAUUCUAUGUUAGAAAGUUAUGUUUUAUUCCCAUUCUAUUUCUAAUUCCCACAUCAUCUCUCCAUUUGGCAACAUCCCUGUUCGAACUGUGUUUGGUUUUAAUGUUCCUUUCAUUUUCUAAACAUCCCAAUGGGAAACUACCAGCCUCCUUUCAGUACAUUUGUUGGAUUUACAGUUAUUGAAUGAGACCUAUCCCAUUACAGGGCAUUGCAUAACCUAUUUAGACCCAUGACAUUUGCUGAAUGGCCAUGUUGAAAUGUGCAGAAUAAAUAAUGUGUGCUUUUGUAUUUUAAUGUGUAGUUUUUAGACCCCAUCCACUUUAUAAUAAAAUUCUUAUAUGCCACCGGGUAACGUUAA